AUGACGAGGCGUCCGCCGACAGUUGUUUGUUACAUAUGUGGUCGUGAGUAUGGGACCAAAUCUAUCAGCAUCCAUGAGCCACAGUGUCUGAAAAAAUGGCAUAAUGAGAACAAUUUGUUGUCUAAAGAACUAAGGAGACCAGAACCGAAAAAACCAGAAGUAAGAGCCAUUACGGCCAAAGGGUUCUAUGAUCUUGAUGCCUUAAACGAAGCUGCUUGGACAAGUGCCCAGAGCCAAUUGGUUCCCUGCAACGUUUGUGGGCGGACCUUCCUGCCAGACAGACUGAUUGUUCACCAGCGAUCUUGUAAACCUAAAGCCGCCAAGUAA